AUGGCGUUCUUCUCAUCUGCAUCCACAACCAACACGUUUGGCGCGCGGCCAGCCGCCACGCCUGGCCAGAUCAACACGUCGGCGGCGUCCAAGACGACGGGCGACCAGGACCAGGAGGUCACGCCCGGUGCCACGGACACGGUGAGCGCGCUCGCCUUUUCGCCCACCGCCGACUUUCUCGCCGUGGCGAGCUGGGACAACAACGUGCGCAUCUACCAGAUCAACAAGACGUCGAACACGCCCGUGCAGCCAUGGCAGCAGUACUCGCACGAGGGGCCCGUGCUCGACCUGUGCUGGAGCACGGACGGGACCAAGGUGUUUUCGGCGGGCGCCGACAAGGUGUGCCGCAUGUUUGACAUGAACACCAACCAGCCCGCGGUGGUGGCGCAGCACAACGACACGAUCCGCAGCGUGCGCUGGCUCAACGUCGCGGGCGGUGUGCUGCUGACGGCGGGGUGGGACAAGCAGCUCAAGAUCUGGAAGAUCGACAAUCCGGCCUCGCCGCAGGCGGUGCACUCGCUCACGCUGCCGGAAAAGUGCUAUGCGAUGGACAAUGUGCAGAACGUGGUGGUGGUGGCCAUGGCCGAACGCAUGGUGCUGGGCUUCCGUCUGGAGGAGACCGGCUCGAUCACGCCGCUGACCGAACAGCAGAGUCCGCUCAAGUACCAGACGCGAUCCAUGGCUGUGCUGCCGGACGGCGACGGGUAUGCGCUCGGCGGCGUCGAGGGCCGUGUGGGCGUGCAGUACUUCCACGAUCCGCCAGACAAGGACAACAAGGUGAAGAAGUUUGCGUUCAAGUGUCAUCGUCGCGCCAAUGCGGACCAUCCCGAAGUGCCGCGCAACGAGUCGCACAUCUAUCCGGUCAACUGCAUCGCCUUCAACGUGCACGGCACUUUUGCUACGGGCGGUGCGGACGGCUCGAUCAACUUUUGGUGCAAGCAGUCGCGCACGCGUCUCAAGACCAUGGAGACCAAGGGUCCCGCCAACGCACCCAAGGAACUGCUCAAGACCAACCCGGCCAAACAACCCAUCACUGCCAUCGGCUUCAACCGCGAUGCCACCAUCUUUGCCUACGCCGUCGGAUACGACUGGCACAAGGGAUACCAGGGCGCCGGUCAGGUGGAGCCCAAGAUCUACAUCCAACCCGUCAAGUACGAGGACGUGCAGAAGAGGCCUCCCAAGGCCUGA